GGCAAAUGACAACAGACUACAACUUUGAUGAAAAUGGUGAAGUGAAAUUUAGAACAUUAGAAAUCGAACGUUAUCUUUUAUUUUAUAUGAAACCUGUAAUAAAAUAAUGUCAAUAUUAGUAUUAAAAUGUAUAAUCUUCUUGUACCUAUUAGUGGAACCAAUGAAUCUUCAACUUCUCAUAAACGUGAGGAACCAGGGCGGUGAUGUUAUGCAGGAGAACAUAACAGCGAACGUCUCUGAAGACACGGUAACUCUAGAGUUCCUACGGUUAGACGGUGUUUACAUUUCGCAACUAGUCGACUUUACGAACGAGGUGGAAGCCAUGAAGGUUGUGAUACCUGGAGAGGAAGAGCUGGGACAGUUGGGUCAUCAAGUUCUGUGUUUUCUUACACAUGCUGCACAGGCAGAUUUUAUUGCACCAGAUGCUAUGGCUAAGCUUAGACAAAAAAACCCAGGAACAGUAAGAGUAGCAGAGGAGGACAAAGGGUGGCGACAGACGACUGCCACCGCCUGGGCGGGCCGCGUAACCGUGCUGCUGUCGCCGGCCGCAGCGAGGCACUGCGCGCCGGCCAGGGACCGGGUCUAUAUCCGCUCGGCGGACCUCACCCGAUGGACACCUAGAGCUGGAGUGGAGCCAUCAUCAUUUUCCUCAGAAGUGGUGCCAUUCCCUCCUCAAGCGCUCACGUCAGAUACAUCUGAAGGUAGUCCAGCUGUUAGCGUGUGUGUGGCAGAGAAUGAUGCUACAAAAGAAUGCAUCUGUCACUUGGAGGUUUGUGUGAACUGGUAUCCUUGUGGUUUGAAGUACUGCAAGGGAAAGCCUCAAGGGGGUCUCAGCUAUAGAUGCGGCAUCAAGACAUGCCACCGCUGCUUCCGCUACCACUUCUACGUGCGGCGCCGCGAUACCUGCUUGAACUACACGUGACAUCACGCUCGCCCACCUCACCGCCAGGGCUGCUCUACGUGCCGGACACAUCAACUAGUCACUCUAAUUUUAGCUUUCAUACUUUUAAUGAGACAAAGACUUGUGACAAUACUUUUUAAUACUUGUAUUUGUAAAUAUUUUGCUAGAAAAAUGUAUUUAAACCUCU